CCUGUGGAAAACCGCGGAACCACAAAUGACCUCAGCCCCGAUACAUAUACAGAGUGGCCUCAUGUCAAGAGAGAACUUGUCUGGCUCAUCCGCGCAGCCACACCUAUCGUUGCCUCCUCGAUGUCACAGCUGUUUCUCAUGACACCAAUGCUAGCCGCCUCUAUUUCGCCGGACUGGGCGGCUAUUACGCCGCUGGCCGGUAUCGCCAUGGCCCUUGACACGUUUUGCAGCCAGAGCUACACCGGCGCAAAGGACAAGCGAAUUCUCGGAGUUCUACUCCAACGCGCACUACUGAUUGGCCUGGUUGUUGCCACCUUGAUCUAUCCCCUGUGGUGGUACUCUGAGCAUGUGUUCAAGAUGUUUGGCGUGCCCGAUGAAGUUGCCCAUGUCACGGGCAAGAUCCUGCGUGUAUACUACAUCGGAGUCGUCUUGCUGAUUGCAUACGAGUGCCUGCGCAGCUUCUUCCCAUCGGUCUUGUCCGUCGGCUGGUCUCUUAUCUGGCUUCUGAUUGCUAACCCGUCGACGUCAAUUGGAAUCAGGGGCGUUGCGUUUGUUAUCCUGGGUGUCGCAUUGGCCUUUUGCACCAUCACUGGGAUCACCAGUGCUGGGGAGGGUGGUCGCGCUGCCUCGCUGCACGACUGGAUGCCAAUGGCCAAGCUCGGUGCUGCAGGCACUAUUGUGUCGUUCUUGGAGGCCUUGUCGAUCCAUGUCAUUGACUUUGGCUCGAUGUUCAUUAGCGCGCAGGCGAUGGCAGCGCAGGCAGUGCUGUCAAUGCUGAAUGGGCUGUCGGUUCUGACAUCGUUUGUGCUUUCAACGCUUUUAUUCAGUAUGCUCACAGCGGUGCUGGUUUACAACCGAACCUCGCUUCCUCCUAUUUUCUCAAGCGACGGCGAAGUCAUCGAUUUGUUGGAAGCGCAUAUCCCGUGGACAGCUGUUGCCGGUGCUAUCCAGGGGGUCAACAUGGCAUUGAACGGCAUUCUGCGCGGACAGGGUCGCCAGAGCAUCAUCGCCCGCAUUCGCUUCUUCUCCUUUGUCUUUGUUGGCGUGCCUGUCGGUUCGGUUGCCGUUUGGGUCUGUGUCAUUUUGACAACAGACUGGGACAAGGAGAUCAUUGCUUGCCAGAAGCGUGUUGCAGCGACUGUCAAUACGUCAAGCACAGCUAAUAGCGCUAUCGUUAAUAAUGCAGACGGCAGGCUACUUCCUUGAUUGUGGUCGAUAGCCAUACUACGUUUCGAUGGCCCUUUCUGCAUCCCAAUUGUUCAUGUCGCAUAUAUAGGCAUGUAUCUGCUUCAAAGAGUAAUUGUCUAUACAUAUAGGAUAUGCUUAUAUAGCCAUGUUCUGAUUCCACAGGAUAGUGU